AUGCCUGCGCGGCUGCAGCAUUUGCUGCUCUGGGCGCUCUUGAUGCCAAACGCUCUCGCCUCAGCUUUGGAUCUUGGGCUGAUACGAAAACGAGCCGACGACCCCAUUCCGUCCCCCGUGUCCGUAUCGCCAAGUCAAUUCUUCGAGGGUGUAGAUGGUCCAUGGUCAACGUUUGAGUUGCGCGUAGGAACUCCAGCUCAGAACAUUCGCAUAUUGCCCGGCACUUCGUCAACACAGACGCUUGUGGUGCUGCCAGAGGGAUGCCAGAUUAUCAAUGUGACCGAUUGCGCCAACAGCAGAGGCGACUUGUUUAAUACGACUGCUUCCAAAACCUGGAAAGAAAUUGGUCUGUUUAGUCUAGGCUUUGAGAAUGCUCUUGGCUUUACUGACAAUGGCGAAUUCGGGCACGAUAGCGUUGGACUUGGAUAUCUCGGCAGCGGUGGCCCGGUUGUCAACAACUCGGUCAUUGCGGGUGUCGCCGGCACUGAGUUUUAUCUGGGAGUGCUUGCGCUGAAUCCGCGCCCUACUAACUUUACGGACCAGAAUGAUCCGCAGCAGAGCUUUCUGCAGCUCCUCAAGAAUCAGUCCUCCAUUCCAUCUUUGUCGUACAGCUAUAAUGUCGGAGCUCCAUACCGACUCACCAAGGCUCUGGGCAGUUUAAUCCUGGGCGGGUACGACACGUCUGCGUAUCAAGAUACAAAUUCGUCGUAUGACUUUUUCAGUGACCAGUCGCGCGAUCUGACGAUUGGCGUUCAGUCCAUCUCUACGAAUGCCAGCGCAGAUAAUACGGUGCUUCAGUCUGAGCAGAUUUCCAUGUUUAUCGACUCGUCUGUUGCCGAAAUCUACCUUCCGGUGGACGCCUGCCACGCUUUUGAGAAGGCUUUUGGCCUCAAGUACAACUCUACGCUUGAAAUGUACCUGGUGAGCGAUUCGCUACACAGCAAACUCACCGCCGAGAACCCUUCAGUCACAUUUACGAUAACGACUGCGAUUACCGGCGGCUCAACCUUUAACAUUACUUUUCCCUACGCCAGCUUCGACCUACAGGCUAAACCUCCACUGGUCAAGACGGCAUCUCGAUACUUUCCUCUAAAGCAGGCAGCCAACGACACCCAGUAUGUCUUGGGACUCCACCCUCGAGUGUGGAAUGCCAGUGCUGAGUCGAAUAUUGUAACCAUAUUGCCUCCCGGAGUCAAAGAGAGCAAGCCCAAUACUGAAAGCAGCCACAGUCUCAGCGGUGGUGCCAUUGCGGGCAUUGUCAUUGGUGUCUGCAUCGUCAUUGCAGCUGUUGCCCUUGCUAUCCUACGAUACAUGGUGGUUUCUCGUCGGAAGAAGGCAAAACCAGAGGAGUCUACGGAGAUGGAUGCCCUAGCCAGGACAGUGCCAGAAACCACUUCAACUGUCUCACCUGAGCCGCCCAAGUCUGCGACUUUGAGCCCUGGAACCUUGAGAGAGCUAGAAGGCGACGAUUCGACGAAACCAACGCCGGAGAUUGAAGGCAGCACAGCAGCAAGGAGGAGCCCGAUGAGCGAGUUGGAGUCAUCAGGCACUCCUAUGGCAGAACUGGCCUCUCCAGUGCCAAUUUCGGAACUGUUGUCGAAUGAGAUUUUCGAGAUGCCUGGAAGCGAAGUUCCGGAGCUUCAAGGAAGUCGAGUGGCGCCAGUCUUGGUACUUACGGAUUCCGAGUCAAGCGAGUUUAGCUUUGAAGUUGAGCAGGGAGUAAUAGGAGUGAUUCAGCAGACGGAAGAAGACAGACAGCACAAUACCGGAGAAGACUAUAGAGCGCAAGAGGGAGCACAGGAGGGAGUUCAUGAAGGUGCCGCAACGAGCACUCAAGAAACCCAGGAAGCGACUGGGAAUAAAGGACAGACUGACGAGAGUGGAAAUCACAAAGGAAACUAA